CCAGAAACCUGGACAAUAAAACACGAGGAACAAGGAGAGUUUAUUGAAGAAAGUGAGGAGAACAAAGAAUUAAAUGAAGUUCAAGAGAAAAAUCACGUCAAAACUGGAGAAAAACAUUUGAGUUGCUCUCAAACCAAACAGAAAAAUGUAAAGAAAAGAGGAGCCAAGAAAUCUUUCACCUGCACUCAGUGUGGAAAGAGAUUCACGCGCAAAUAUAAACUAGAUGUUCACUUGAGAGUUCAUACUGGAGAGAAACCAUUCACUUGUGAUCAGUGCGGGAAGCGUUUCAGACAAUCAUUAAACCUUAAGAGACACAUGAACAUCCACACUGGAGAGAAGGAGUACAAGUGUUCAUACUGUGACAAGAGAUUCGGUUGGUCAGGAAGCCUGAAGAAACACAAGUUAAUACACACUGGAGAAAAACCGCACACAUGUGAUCAGUGUGGAAAGAGUUUCAGACAAAAAGGAAACCUUGUGACACAUAUGAAAGUUCAUACAGGAGAGAAACUGUUCUUAUGUAAUCAAUGUGGAAAGAGUUUUUCACUCUUAGCAAACCUUAAGGAUCACAUGAACAUCCACACUGGAGAGAAACCUUUUAAGUGUUCACACUGUGACAAGAGAUUCCGUCUGUCAGGACACCUGAAAACACAUGAGAGGAUCCACACUGGGGAGAAACCGUACACAUGUGAUCAGUGCGGGAAGAGUUUUGCAGCAAAAGGAAGUCUUAUGGCACAUAUGAUUGUUCAUACAGGAGAGAAACUGUACACAUGUGAUCUUUGUGGAAAGAGUUUGAAAUGCAAAUCUAGCCUUGAUGGUCACAUGAGAGUUCAUACUGGAGAGAAACCAUACACAUGUGAUCAGUGCGGGAAGUGUUUCACACAAUCAGUACAUGUUAAAGAACACAUGAGCAUCCACACUGGACAAAAACCUUACAAGUGUUCACACUGUGACAAGAGAUUCAGUCAGUCAGGAAGUCUGAAAACACAUGAGAUGAUUCAUACUGGAGAGAAACCUUACAAGUGUUCACACUGCAACCACAGAUUCACUCAUUCAGCAAAUCUGAAAACACAUGAGCGGAUCCACACCGGAGAGAAACCGUAUCACUGCACUGAAUGUGGGAAGUGUUUCAGUCAAUCAUCUUCUCUACACAGACAUACAAAAAACAUUCACAGAAAAAACAAAAUAAGUAGAUCAUCUUCUGAUGCUGCCUUUUCAUCAAACUUGAAACGGUAAUGCAUUUAAGCAGUAUCAUCUGGAUUAAUCUGUUGUCUUGUUUCAAACUGACCGUACAAAGAGGAGUUGUGGAAAAUCCUUGAUUCAUGAGUUGAAUCUUUCCAUCGUGCAACAAUAUUGGAGAACUGCAUAGUUGGAGUGCAUUUAUAGAAAACCAGUUUUUACGAUUUCUGAAUUCCUCAGCAUCUGCUGUAGAUGGACACUUGAUGGGAAUGUGGCAGCCAUUCUUCGGGAGAAGG